ACUAAAUAGCUUACCAGUGUGCCAAAUAGCCAACGCACUCCUCCCACAGGGUACGCAACGCCGGUACGGGAUCAGGACGCACGGACACAGUGGGCAGGUGAAGCAGUCUGCCGCCAGUCCGCCAUCGGCCAACGCGGUCGCCGCCGCCGUUGAACGCCGUUGCUCCAGUUCCUCCGCCUGUUCGUCGGAAGAGCAAUGAGAUACAGGCUGAUAGCAUAUCAGUAAAGGAAUUCACCCCAGAGUAAUUGACAGCUCACCAAGUCAAGAGCAUUGAGAAGAGAUGUUGAAGGUUCAGAGUUUUUUCUCACAUCUUCCCGACAGUUUUUAUCUUAGAGCCCCUUCUGUGAUUUCAUUAAUAGAAACAAAACAUACUUUACACCUUGUAUCUACAAUUAGAAAUCAGCUUCGAGCUCGAGCUUUCUCAACAAUUUCAAGUCGCGAUCUUUAUCUAUUUAACUCCAAAAAUGGCGAAAAAGAGAAGUUUACUCCUACCGUGCCUGGUAACGUAUCAAUUUACCUAUGUGGUGUGACUCCAUAUGACUAUAGUCACGUUGGCCAUGCUCGUACCUGUGUUGCUAUGGAUGUCCUCUUUAGAUACUUAAAACACAAGAACUAUGCAGUCAACUAUGUAAGGAAUUUUACCGACAUCGAUGACAAGAUUAUUUGUAGAGCAAACCUAUUGGGUGAAGACCCAUUAGCUUUAAGUAAGAGGUUUAGUGAAGAGUUUCUUCAUGACAUGUCUGAGCUUCAAUGUCUCCUUCCUACUUACCAACCCCGAGUGUCUGAUCACAUCAAUCAAGUUAUAAGUUUAAUACUUCAGGUGUUUCUCUUUCUUUCUUUACCCUGUAAUCUAUAUGGUGAGACCGAUUUCACACCCUGAAUGGCUAAAUCCAUGUUUUCUAAAUCCACCCUCUAAAUAAAAUCUACUCCCUCCGCCCCCAUAGAUCUUCUCAUUACGCGUUAACGAGGCUUGACACACUUUAUUUUCAAUUCAAUUUAUUUGAUUGUAGGUGUAAAAUUUAAAAAUAAAGCUUGUUGGAGUAGUAAAAAACUACAUGAAAAUUUCUACAAAACAAGAGGUGACAAGUGAGUUAAGUUUUACCCUGUGAAUAGUGUCUUAGAAGAUCUAUGAGGGACAAAGGGAGUAUCAAAUUUAUAUCCAUAAAAGUGGGCUUAACAUAUUUUCAUGAGAGUGGAUUUCACCGUUUAGAGUGGAUUUAAUCUCACCCUAGUAUAUGUAUGUAUCAAGUUACAAUUAUUUGGUUUUCAUGGCAGAUUCUAAGGAAUGGUUGUGCUUAUGUAGUUGAAGGAAAUGUGUAUUAUUCAAUAGACAAAUUCCCAAACUAUGGUCACUUAACAGGAAUGAAGUCAGAAGAAAAUAUAUCUGGUAUACGAGUUGAACUUGAUAAAAGAAAGAAAAAUCCAAAGGAUUUUGUUCUGUGGAAGGCUGCAAAGGUAGGUGAACCAAGCUGGGAUAGCCCAUGGGGUGCAGGAAGACCUGGAUGGCACAUAGAGUGUAGUGCACUUAGCUCUCAUUACCUUUCUUUUUCAUUUGAUAUCCAUGCAGGGGGAAUGGAUUUGAUGGUCCCACAUCAUGAGAAUGAGAUUGCCCAGAAUUGGGCUGCUUGCUCUGAGAGUAAUAUAAGCUACUGGAUGCAUAUUGGUACCGUCACUAAGAACAAUCGUAAGAUGUCAAAGUCAGAUGGAAAUUUUAUCACCAUUCGUGAUGUCACUAAAAAUUACCAUCCCUUGGCACUUAGACAUUUUUUCUUGCGAACACAUUACCGAUCAACGGUUGAUUAUUCAUCUUCACAAGUUGACACUUCAUCCGAGGCUGUUUUCUACAUUUAUCAGACCUUGCAAGAUUGCCAGGACAUUAUAUCAACAAUCCAUGGAGACAACAGGUACGAAGGGGUUGAUAUGAGUUUUGGAGCCGUUGAACUUACACAUAGUGCUCAAAAUUGUAUUGACAAGAUGCACAAGGAGUUUCACGGAAAAAUGGCAGAUGAUUUGCACACAUCUCAUGUGUUAAAUGUUGUUCUUCCAGAGGCCUUAAAGUUUGUGAACAGUAUUUUAAACAAGAAGCAUGAUAUAUCAAUGUGUCAAUUCUUUAUGGAGAUCGAGAAAGAAAUUAGAGAAGUACUGUUCGUUCUAGGAUUAUUGGCACCAUUCCCUUACUCUCAGGUUUUGCAAGAGUUGAAGCACAAAGCACUCGUACGAGCAGGAUUAGUUGAAGAGGACAUUCUUCGUUUUAUAGAGGAAAGAGCUUUGGCAAGAAAACAUAAAGAUUACUUAAGAAGUGAUAGAAUUAGAGAUGAAUUAGUCAGAAAAGGCAUAACUUUAAUGGAUGUUGGCAACGGAACGAUUUGGAGGCCAUGUCUCCCUAGCCAACAUUAGUUUUGGAUAACAUAUGCUACUCCAAGAAUAAUUUCAAGUCAUUGGUAAAUAUUUAGCUUGCAGGCUGAAUAAAGUUGUUUAUGUUCUCAAGCUUUUCUUGUCUCUGGUAUUAUUACCGCAGGCAAAACUGGUUGUACCCUCUUGGUACAGCCAAUGACAAUUUUGGAAAUUUCAAACACUUUGAGUUUAGAAGUUGUGAUCUGCAUCUGGUUUUCAUCCAGCGCCCUACCAAUUCAAAGGUGUGCUUCCUAGGAUCCAACUUUGUCGGAGUUCACCUCUUCCAAGUGGGUUGUUUCUUUCCAGGAACUUACCACGCGUGACUCCACGAAUGACAAUCACCGGUGAUUUAUACAUACACAGACAUUUAUCGUUUGUGAACAUAGAUGAUUAAAGUAUAAAAUCAUCUGUGAUUGUGAUUGUCAUUCAUGAGGGCAACAGUGGUGGACUUCUAGCAUGAUCCAAUCUGCAAAGUGAUGAGUGACGCUGUUGCUACUGCGUUGUGGCACCAAAGACAAAUGAAGAAAAUGAACAGCUCCUAUAUGA